GGAUACAGGGAGAAAGACAGAGGUCUGAUUUCAAUAAAAUAAGCUCCCUAUUCCCUCCUCCUAGGGUGACUAGGCAAGAGAAAUGAAGCAGAGUUGAGUUUGAAAUGUAACACAAAAAAGUGACAAAUUAAAUGUUGUUAUAUGAAUCGAUGUGGCUCAUCAUAAGGGGAGUGGUUAGGGGAAGUGAGAUAGGGCUGAACUUUCGUGAAAUAGAACACAGCCGGAGGAGGGCUGUGGGGAUUUAAGGGUAGCGGCAGGUGCUACUGGCCACGAACUCCAGUUUGAUUGACAGAUGAAGAUGAGGUGCUGCGUUCUGCUCGUGCUCUUCCUCCAGUGCCUGGGAGGUUUAGGCCUCCCUCUAUUUGAACUGAGUUCUAAAGCAGAUGAGGCGCUGCGGAUGGCCCUGGACGAGAUCAACACUCGUUAUGCUCGGCAUCACCUCUACAGGGUGUCCAAGGCUACAGUCACAAGAGUUGUACCAUUGGGCACAAACAUGUAUGAUAUGAUGCUGAAAUUUGGGAUAAGGGAGACGGAAUGUCGGAAGGGCUCUGGGAUUGACCCUCAGGGCUGCGCCUACCGUAGAGGCUUCUUUGUGUUGGAGGCAGGCUGCCACAUCCGAACACGUUUGACUGAGAGACUCACUAAUAUAAUGUCCUUCAAAUGCAGCCCCGCACAAAGUUCCAGCUCCGAGUCCAGUGAAGAGGUGUGGACCGGAUGGCACUAUGAUCCAAAUCGCCUUGCUCGUAGAGACCCUGUACCUUCGACUGCAACUCCAAGCUCAGGUGUAGCUCCACCAGUACAUCCUGGGCGCCGUGGUGACAUCAAUGUUCAUGAAGAUUAUUUGAGCAACCAUCUGGAAUAACCACAGCCUUCUAAUUUUAACAGUAAAACGUGAGGAAUAUAUGCAUACAGACUCUGGAGAUUUAAGACUGAUUUUGUAUAGGUGCAGGGGCUACAAAGUUCUGGAGGUGCUACAUAACAUACAAUAUUACUUAAAAAUAUUUUGUUAAAAAUUUAUGCUAUAAAAAUUUCAGUAACAUAACCUGUCCACAUAGUGGGCUUCCUCUUUGACAAACAUUAAAAUAAACAGCGUCAUCUUGCUAUU